UGGAAUUUGUUUGACACUGUUCAAUGUUUGCGAUAAAAAUAUCGCGAUUUUAAAAGAAUUUAUCGGUAACGAAUACAUCGAACUAAUAAAUACGAUUGCUUAGGGAUGUGGUUUGUUGUAUAUCAGUGAAAUUCCGUUUGACAUGUUAUUUUUGUGUUAUAAUCGCUGAAACAAUUCUAGUUGCCCAAAAUAGACCUAAACAUCACCUGUGUUUAUCAAAGGUCGAUAUAAACAAGAACUACAAAAAUGGAAAAGGAAGACAGUAAAUAGGUAUUCUGAUGGUUAUUUCAAAAAUUUACAGUUUAGAUUCCUCAAAACAUUCCACGUCGCAUUUCCUACCGUAUUUGUAGAGGUUUUGCUCAAUUUUCCGACCCUCCAGGGGAUGAAAUCGAUCAAAUGCAAAAACCGAACGGACAGCUGGUACUCACCUCCACCACGUCCACAGCGGAUGGCUCCUCUUUAUCCACCGAACCUAAUAGCAAUGUGAUCCUUCUGAGGAGUUCUAAGCUUCUCGACCAUAGUCACAUCCUUCUAAGGACUGACAACGUUAGCUUCGAAAAGACCGAUAUAGUCUUGGAAAACAACAGUGCGGGCGAGAGUAAAGUUAGUCAGUUAAUCGUAAAUCAACGAGAUCUUGCUAAAGGGGUCGUGUUUCAUUCGAUCAAAAGGCUCGGCAACGGUGCCCCAUUUUUAUUACUUAGCGGUGAUGAUAGUGCUAGUGGACAUAUACUGAUACAGACCAGUGAGGAGCCUGUGAAAAGUGGCAAAGUUGUGAAAAUUGAAGCGUCGGACGAGAUCACGGUAGAGAAAGCACAUGAUGAAGUUGAACUGGUUGGACGAAAUCUUCCUAUUGGAUCAGGUAAGAUUCACAUUCGGUUAGUCAUAAUGAGGAUGCUCUUUAGUUCAUCUAUAACAGGUAAACCUUGUUCUUUAUUUCGCAAAGACGAAUCAAUUCUAAAUAAAAAAUCUGUAUAUUAUUACAAUGGCACAGAAAUGGUUUGUAUACUCAACCAUUUCAUUAGUUAAACAGUCUACCAUAAAAGUAGAAUGCGUCUGUAGAUGGAGGUGAAGAACUAUAUUAGUCUGCUAAUUUUAAUAAGUGCUUUUGGAGUCGUCAUAAUUUAGGAUGAUAAUUAUCAAGUAGUAGUUGUUCUUAAUAGGUGAAAAAUCACUGAACCUCCCGAAGAAAAUUACUAGAUUAAAACCAUAGACAUAGAGAAUGGACUGCGCAUUCCUUAUAAAGUAAAUACAGCCAAAAACGUGUGAGUGUUUGCGUACCGUGGAGGAGAUGAAAUUGAAUGCUCACUUACCUCCUUGCCAGGCAACACAUGGUUACGGAGGAUAUUCAAACGGACUGUAUGGACUAUGGAGUAAUAAUUUUCCUGGGCUUCUAAUACUACAGGCAGUUACUAAAGGUACUAUGACGUACUAUGUUCGUCACUCUGUAUGGUCAGUAUGCAAAAUGUAGGAGUCUUAACAUAAUCAGCUCGCACGUUUCGAACCAGGAUGGUGAAUGCGCUUUUGACUGGGACUCCCCGCAAGGCGCGAAAUGCACCGUAAUGUCUAUUGUUUUAAGGUGAUUUUAUGGGAAAAGCUGGGAAUGUUAAGGACAAGAAACAAAUGCAAGGAGAAAAGAAAUUGAGCCAAAUAAAAUCCCCUCGCGUUAAUUAAAUUAAAAGAAGGAAAAUAAUAUAAAAUAUCAAGAUUGAACAGUGAGAAAAAAGAAAGCAUUUUCAAAACAAUUUAUUUUUCUUUGCUUUUUAAUUUUACAAAUUUCCUGUUAAUAAUAAAUUACCUGCCAUUUGAACAAGAUAAUGUUAUUUGGGUUUUUCAUUCCCAAUAACGUAAUAAAUCCAUUCUACUUGGAUUCCAUCUAGCAACGUUCUUCGGGUGGCUUGGUGACUAUGCAUUUUUUUGAAGGAAGGUACAACGCCAUGAACGUACAUAGGUAGGGGCAAGGGCAAAGCUCAUUGCUUCAUCUGGAAAAGGCUUUGAAUACGCCGGAAGGUAGUAGCCUCCUUUCGGGAAUCGUGCGAAUGGGUGGGUGAUGGUUCAAGUGGGAAUGAUGAGAUGGACGAAAUGAAGACAGAAGAGAAUGAAAGACUAUCUAUGGAACAUUACUGUCCCAACAUUUACCUAAAGCAGACAGUCCCGGAAUGGAACCAGCGUCCUCCCGAAUGCUAAGCGAUGGUCUAUACCUCUAGACCAGGGAUGAGCAACACGCAUUUGCGGCCCGUUAAAUAUGUUUAUGCAGCCCGCCAAGCAUUUCUGAAAUUGAAUUUAUUUUAUCGACUUUUAAUCGAAAAUGUUUACCUCACCAUUUAAUAUCGAUGUGGAUACAGUUCUCGAAGACUUUCAAAUGGAAGUGAUUGACAUUGAGAAUGAUACCGAUUUAAAAAAUGUAUUUUUCUAAGCAAACAUCAAAUUUUUUAUAAAUCGUAUGUGAGCCCUGAGAAAUUUCUGCUUUUGACGAAAAAUGCAAAGCAAAUGAUGUCUCUGUUCGGAAGUACUUACGUUUGCAAACAAUUAUUUUCAACCAUAAAAUUAAUCAAAAUGACCACCGAUGAAGACUGAGUGAUGCACAAUUCGAAGGCUGCGUACGUGUAGGUACAUCAUCAAUUCCGGUUGAUAUUGAUCAGCUUGUAU